CACGGAUUGAGGCACGUCGGCAACUGAUAUCUCCGUGGACGAUCAUCACAUCUAAUGUAUGCUUUUCAUCCAAAGGGGGCCGUGCCGGCUAUUUGAUAUUCGCCUUGAUGUAUGCUUCCAUUUGUUUUUGCUGUGUCCGCACCUCCGCCAGUUGUGUCUGCAUGUCCCGCAAGGCUGAGGUGCAAGGUAAAUGCAGACACAAAUGGGUUGAGAAAGAGGGUUUCUGUCACCUGGCUGGAUCUCGGCUUUCAGGGCUGCAAGAGACCGAGACAGUUGCCCUCCUCGUGAAACGCCUUAAUACCUGCCUGUCUUUCUGUGUAUCUCACCUGCCAUGACGUCAGGUACGCUCGAGUCGUGAUGAUCUGCCGCCUCAAUCCACUUGUCGAUGCUGUCUUUUAUUUUGUCCCGCGCUUCACGCCUCUCACGAGCCAUUGUCGAGCUGUCAGUUUCGUUGAACCCAGAAGAAAACGACGACUCCUACACGAACAUUCCAGAGAAGUGAGGCGUGGCCAUUUCCUGUCUCAUCUCGUGUACUUUUUGACCCUCACUAGCUGGGCAUAUCGGUACAGAAGAAAAAGGGGCAUCACGAGGAUGACAAGUACUAGGCACAGUACCAUCCCAUAGGGCCCCUUCCGUAUCGUCCGUUGGAUGUCCUCCAGCGCUUUGUAGAUGGCCACGGGUGUGAAGGAGACACCAACAAGGAGUGCGUCGACGGUGACGUAGAGGGCCUUCAUCGACCAGAAGGCAAUGCAGCAGAGUGCCGACUCUUCUCUCCGUUGUUCGCUGAUGAGGGAGGCGAGAUAUCGCAGGGGCUCCGACACGACCACAGCUGCACACACACAGACGCCCACAUGUGAUGGAUGCAGUUCAUCUCUCUUGUGGCACCGACCGAUGAGGUUGAAUGGCGGUGGGAGGCGCUCGUGGUGGGGCAUUGUCGAGUACUCAUUCAACACGCGGAUGCGCAGCAGCCUGCGUAGAUCAGCGGAGAGAGGGGCCAUUAUGUGCCGCUGUUUGUCUGUCUCCCUUGUCUCUGAUACUGGUAUUGUGCAGCCUGUGUCUCCUCGAUGGCCGCAAACGUCGACGCCUAAUGGUGACACACACACGCAUUAUCCGUCGCCCACUCGAUGUCCUGUGUGUGUCUCGUGUUUGUCUCACCAUGAUGGCGAUGAGCAGGUUGAGCUAUUGAUACGCAGCGGCAGACACAGAGAGAGAAGACAGGGAGGCUGUCCUUCUGUGUGCCUCGUUCAUCGGUGCGUUACGUACGAGUAUGAUGGACGAGAGGAUGACGUAUGUGAACAGCAGGACGGCCCCCAGCGUGUCGUGGCUCUCUAUGGCGUUGGUCAGCGCCUCGUUGAAGUCGCCCUGUCCAGCGUAGAAACUGCACAACACAACAAGACGGAGAGAGGCAGCUGUCCCUUUCCUCUGUGUCUUCCCAUGAGGUCCCAUGCGCACAGAGUGAGUGUGGCUUUGGGGAAGGAGCCGAAGUACUGGUGGUCUUCGUCGGACGAGAGGAGGGUGAAGACGACCGCGAAGACCAGCAGGAUGUAGAGGUACAGACACAGAAACAUGCUGAUGUCCGAAAACAUCCUCACAACCGCACUGACACACACACAACGGUCGCACCUCUUUCUCUCUCUCUCUCUCUCUGUGUGUGUGUGUGUGUAUCUUUGUUUGGCUGCCUGGCUCACUGACAGUAUGAGUGGUCCGACGGCUGGGUGCAGGCUGGCGGUUUGGAGGAGGCGCAGGGCGAAGAGCAGCGCGACGACUAUGCCCGAGCCGACCUCUGCUUCUGAGGACCACCCGAUGAAGUGGAUAACAAUGAAGACAGCGAUUGACACCGCCGCAGCACAGUCGAUGGUAUUCCUUUGUCCCAUGCACACCGACAGCACACAAAUCAGGCCACCAUCCCGGUUGGCUCUGCACCCCUGACGCGUACCAUGAGUCGGCCCAGUAAGCUGCCUUGAGGCGGAUGCCCUGCACACACAUGAAGCAUGGUGCAUGUCAUCGUUUCUCAGUCUUCUCGUCGGCUGUCUUACCUGGAAGGCCUCCGUACGACGAAGCCGCCGCCCGUCAGCACCGCACCCCACAGCCACACCGCCGGCCACACCCCCGCUAUCAUCACAUCGCUGUCUCCCUUGAUUGACUCGAUGUGCAGCAGCACAAAGGCCACCCUGACAACACACACAGAGAAGAGAUGCCAUGCGUUCUCUUUUUUCCCCGUAGUGCCCGCAUAGCCUUACAUCAGCAGCAUUGACAGCACGCGGGUAGUGAAGACAUCGCGGGGCGCAAGCUCAAUCCCCACAGGUUGCCAAUGCUCGAUGACGAGAGAGAUGCAGUUGGCUAUCACAAUCAU